CUUGGGCCAGGCCCAGCCCUGCUCCCCCCAACCUCAGUUUCCCCCAGGCCGCCCCCGCCCAGCGGUGAACGCCCUGCUGCCAUGCUGCACACCGAAGGCAAUGCCCUGCUGAAGGCCGUGGGGCAGGGCAAGUUCCGCCUCACCCGCCUCUUGCUGGAGGGGGGAGCCUACAUCAACGAAGGCAAUGCCCAGGGGGAAACACCCCUGAUUGCUGCCUGCCUGGCCCACUACGACGACCCCCACAACAAGCCCCGCAUGGUGAGGUACCUGCUGGAGAACGGGGCUGACCCCAACAUCCCUGACAAGACGGGCAAGACAGCUUUGAUGCAUGCCUGUGCUGACCAGGCCGACCCGUCGGUGGCAUCGGUGCUGCUGGAGCACGGGGCAGAUCCUAGCGCCAAGGACUACUCGGGCGCCUCCGCCCUGGUGUACGCCAUCAACCGGGGUGACCGGGAGACCCUGCAGGUGUUGCUGGAUGCCUGCAAGGCCAAGGGCAAGGAGGUGAUCAUCAUCACCACUGACACGUCCCCCUCGGGCACCAAGAAGACCAAGCAGUAUCUAAAUUCGCCCCCAUCCCCGGGGCUGGAGGAGAAGCCGUUGCCCUCCCUGUGCAUGUCGCCCUCGGACAUCGAGGUCCGCACGUCCCAGUCCCCCGGGGCCAGUGAGAAAGAGGAGGAGAGAGACGUCUUCAAUUUCACCAUGGCCACACGGCUGAGCUGCCCCCCAUCACUGCCGGGACCAGACAGGUCCUCUGAGCAAGUGCCGGUGCCCCCGCCACCUCCCAAGGGCCGGGCCAAGCAGCUGAAGAGGCUCAAUUCGGAGCCAUGGGGGCUGGUGGCACCCUCCGUCCUGGCCGCCCCCCACGCCGAGAAGGCGCGGACGCCAGAGGAGAGGUUGACAGCCGAGAUGAAUGGCCUGAGCCUCACCAAGAGGGCCCUGCUGUCGCGGCGGCACAGCAUCGAGGGCCAGGAGCCCUCGUGCUUCAAGGUGGCAGCCCCCCAGGAUGGCGGGGCGGAGGAAGGUGCAGGUCCCGAGGUGCCUUGGGCUGAGAAGGUCCAUUUCGGCCACCUCCACCAGCCCCUGUCGCGGCGUAACACGGCCCCUGAGGCCCAGGAGAGUGGGGGGCCGCCAGGGCAUGGUCUGCGGGGCACGGCCCACCACAAGCUGACGCGGCGGGAGCAUUAUGAGUCCGACUCACACCUCUGCCCCGACUCCAUCCCUGGCUCGCCCGAUUCAGGCCGGGUCUCGCUGGAGAGGAGGAGGUACAACGCCUCACCCCUCACGCUGCCCAUCAGCUCCUCCCGGGAGUCCCUGGAGAGCAUCCCCAACGCUGUGUCCCCGCUCUCGGGCCGGCGCCGCUCCCCAGGGUUGCUGGAGAGACGGGGCUCCGCGACCAUGCUCCUGGACCACAUCUCCCACACGCGGCCCGGUUUCUUGCCCCCACUGAACGUCAACCCGCACCCGCCCAUCCCCGACAUCCGGUCCAACGGCAGGCCCCCCUCGCCCGGGCACCGGGGGAUCGUGCCCAUGGCCCCCACCUCUCCCAAGAGCAAGAAGAAGCUGAUGAGGAGGCACUCUAUGCAAACGGAGCAGAUCAAGCAGCUGGUCAACUUCCAAAACCUGCUGGCCCAGGGCGACCCGACCAGUUAGAGGAGCCAGAACCCACAGCCCCGUUGCAACUGGGCCCCGUUGCCUGGGGAGAGGCUGCGGGAGAUGGCCAGAGCUCCCCAUCUUCUCCCCACCUUGGGCAGCCUCUUGCAGUCCCUGGGUUGCUGCUUUCCACCGCCCGCCCCCGUCCCCUGCCUCCCACAUGUAUUUAUCCUAAUGCCAGGCCCAAUGCAAGAACUGGAUCAGAACAGGACUGCUCCAGGGCUGGGCUGCUUCCCAGAAGAACUGGGCCCACUGGGAGCUACUGGACAGCGGCUGGCUCCAGCCAUAGAGGCUCCGAUGCUGCCCACCAGGUUGGAGGUGACUCUCAGUUGCACUGACAGGGCUUCCAGACUCCCCAGCAUGGCUGUCCGGGGUGCAUCAGAUGGCAUCUGUUAUCCCAGUCAGGAAGCCGAAGGGGAUGUGGAAAGGAAGAAGACCCCCCAGAGCAGCCGGUCUGGGGGUGUGAGGUUCCCACGUCUCUUGGGCUUUCAUCCAGAGGGAUCCAGGCUCCGUACCCAGAAGCCGCUGCUUAUUUCCUGGGCCCAGCUGCUGCUGUCCACUGGGCAGAGCUGUGGGGACCUGCCAGGCCACCUGCUCCUCCCUGCAAUAUUAAUCGUCGUAUUGAACCCGGACUACUAGGUUCAUCUUGGGGAGGGAAAUGCUGUCAAGGGGUCAGAGUAAAGGGGACUGGCUUUGGGGGCUUGACUUGGGCUGCUUUAAAGAGAUCCCCCCUGCUGCUCCAGCCUCGGAAAAAUCAACCCCCUUCGACACACCUCAAGAUGAGGCACUCAGCACUUGAGGCGCUGCCCCGCUACGGCCCAAUGGAGGCCACAGCUUCUGUUCCCAGUUGGGGGAGGAAAGUGGUCAGAGUUAAGGGUACAGGGGAACUAUAGCCUCUUGGCUCCUUUUCCUGUCUGUGAUUGCUGUGCGGCCUUGGAUAGGUCCAACCCCCCACCCUUGUCCUCCGUGCCUCAGUUUCCCCAUUGGAUCCAGUGGGGGCAAUGAUACCGACCUGUGUCUGUACAGCGCUUUGCAGUCCAUGGAUAAGAAGUGCUCUAUAAAUGCUAAGUAGUAUCUGUAAUUUAUUUAGCAUUCUGUCUGUGGCUGAGCCGCCACCUUAGAUAAAGCAAUAGGAUUAGCACCGCACUCGAAAUCACCCCUGUAAUCCUCGACUUCUAGGCACUGCCGGG